AAUUUUCUUUUGGUUUUUUUUGUCUUGUUAAUACCAUAGCCACGACCACGAGUGACACCGAAGAAGAGAAGAGUGACGGAGGUUGCGGUGGUUGAAGUUCGAAGAGGCGGUGGAAAUGAAAGUAACCUGGAAGAACAAGAAGAAGAAACCUUUAUCACACUUCACCAACCUUCCCUUUGAACACGACAACGACCAACCCAAUUCACACACUACCCAAGAUGAUUCUGAUGCACCAACAACACUACGUUCUCCCAAUUCCGAUCAAUCAACACAAUUAGCUCUGCAAUUUCAAUCUCAAGGAGACAACCUUGCUAUGGAGGGGAAGUAUAGGGAAGCACUGGGUAAAUGGGAAGCUGCUAUUACGUUGGCACCUGAUGUUCCAGCUUUGCAUGAACAAAAGGCACAAGUUUUACUGGAAAUUGGAGAAUCUUGGACUGCGUUGAAGGCCGCAACUCGAGCUACUGAAUUGAAGCCAUCGUGGGCCGAGGCUUGGGUCACACUUGGGAGAGCACAGCUUAAUUAUGGCGAGCCUGAUAAUGCUAUUGAAAGCUUUGACAGAGCUUUAGCUCUCAAGCCUGAUUAUGAAGAAGCGCAAGAUGAUAGAAAAGCUGCAUUGCGUCUUGUAAAGAAGAGAAAGCAACUUCAUUCAUCAGGCUUGAGUGAUACUCAAAAUCGUUAUACUGUAGGUGAUAAGAAUGAAAGCUCGUGAAGGUAAACAGCAAGGGAAAAAAUUAUCAAAGUAUUCUCCUUUAUAAUAGGAAAAAUUUGUUUACUGUCACAGUUACGUUAAUGUGAUAAAUAUUGUAAUCCUACUUUCUUUUGACAAUGACAGAUAGAUUAAGUCAUACUGUUUUUUUUUUUU